UUUCUUGAAUUGUUAUAGACUUAUAGACACUUCAUUUAAAAAAGUUAUUUACAGUUGUUUUCAUAUAUAAAAGUUUAUUUUAAUUUAACAGUUAAAUUGAGUGUCGUGAUAUCAAAGUCUGUAAGUUUUAUUUAGAAAAGUAAUAGAAACGAGUACAUCAUGUUGCGGCCGACACCAAUACUGAGACAUGCGAGGGGAGCUCACUCCGCCACGUGGAAGAAGAAUCCUCACUUGGAUUCUAUUAUCCGCGUCGACCACGCGGGUGAGUUGGGUGCUGACAGGAUCUACGCGGGGCAGAUGGCAGUGUUAGGGAACACCAAGGAGGGCCCGCUCAUAAAACACAUGUGGGACCAAGAGAUCAAGCACAGGGAGAAAUUCGAGGAACUCAUCUCCAAGUACAGAGUCAGGCCGACCAUCAUGACGCCCAUAUGGAAUAUAGCUGGAUUCGCGCUCGGAGCUGGCACAGCACUGCUAGGUAAAGAAGCAGCGAUGGCGUGCACUGUGGCAGUGGAAACCGUUAUAGUGGACCAUUACAACGACCAGCUCAGAACACUGAUGGAGGAUCCCAACGUCGACAAGGACAUCCUGCAGACGAUCACCAAGUUCAGGGACGAGGAACAGGAACACCACGACACAGGCCUCGACCACGGAGCGGAACAGGCGCCGUUUUAUAAAGCACUCACCGAAGUCAUUAAAACCGGAUGUAAAGUCGCCAUCAGCAUAUCCAAGAAGAUAUAAAAUAUAUGACACAACUGGUUUUGAUUCAUUGGCCCUGAGCCGAGUUAUCUUCAGGAUGAAGUUAUUAUUCAUAUCAGGAAAAAGCUCAGCGUUAUCUUGGAUAUAAUAUUUGAAUGAAUUAAAUGGAUCGACAAACGGGUCACCCUACUCAUAGUUUAGUUUAUAAAUAAACAUGUAUUUUAUUAA